GCCAUUUAAGCAGCAGCACCAGCGGAGGAUGAAACUAUUGCAUCUGUAACAGCAGAAAGCAGGAGUGAAGCUGCAGCCCAGCCAACAGCAGCACCCACCUGGCCCCAGGGGAGAGUGCAGAGCUGCAGCCUGGGACAGACAGUAGGCAACGGGCAUCACAGGACUCAAGGCAGAGGAGGAGAGAGUAGAGCGACAGCCUGCAACUGAGACGCGUUCCCUUUCCUAGUAGAGAAAAGCCCACAGCAGAAAGGGUCAGCAGCUGGUGUGAUGACAGGCAGAAACUGAGGAAAUUUUGCAGCCUUCUGUUCCUUCACAGUCUCCUCCAAACAACAAUCCCGGCUCCCUCAGCCACUCCUCGUAAGACUUCUGUUCCAGACCUCUCACACGCUUCGUCACCCUUCUCUGGACACACACCAUAACCUCAGUGUCUUUCUUGAGAGGAAACUCAGAAGACUGAGAGGACUGAAACUCAAUACAGUACUCAAGAUUUUCCCCUCUAGCUGAACAACAGACACACUGAGAAACAUGCCGGAGCAAAGCAAUGAUUACAGGGUUGUUGUGUUUGGGGCUGGAGGAGUUGGCAAAAGUUCUUUGGUGUUGAGAUUUGUGAAAGGCACUUUCAGAGAGAGCUACAUCCCCACCAUUGAAGACACCUACCGGCAGGUGAUCAGUUGUGAUAAAAGCAUAUGCACUUUGCAGAUAACUGACACUACAGGGAGCCAUCAAUUUCCAGCCAUGCAACGUCUUUCUAUUUCUAAAGGGCAUGCUUUCAUUUUGGUUUACUCUAUCACCAGCCGACAGUCUUUGGAGGAACUUAAACCAAUCUAUGAACAAAUAUGUCAGAUUAAAGGUGAUAUAGAAAGCAUUCCAAUAAUGCUGGUGGGGAACAAAAAUGAUGAGAACCAAAACAGAGAGGUAGAAAGCAGUGAAGGAGAAGCUAUGGCCAAGAAGUGGAAAUGUGCGUUCAUGGAGACCUCUGCCAAGCUGAACCACAAUGUGAAGGAGUUAUUCCAAGAGCUUUUGAACUUAGAGAAACGCAGGACUGUGAGUUUACAAAUUGAUGGUAAAAAAAGCAAGCAGCAGAAAAGGAAAGAGAAGCUGAAGGGUAAAUGUGUAGUCAUGUGAAAUUGCACUGACAGGAGUCUGUCAUGCAUUCUCACCUUUCUGAUAUUACCCAUGUAAAGCCUAUACACAGCAAACAACCAGAACAGAUCGUACUGAUUGAUAUCUGUUUUAAAACAAAUACUUGGAAUUUGAAAAAAAAGAAGAGUUACUGUUGUUACUAUGAAAACAGUCAACAAUUGGAAGAAUCAUGCUCUCUAGAUACCAGUGAAAAAUUCAGGAUAAGAAAAAUCACAUGGAGCAUAUUGUGGAAGGCUUAGAAAUCAAAUCAUUAUAUUUAUAUUCUCAUGUAACUGCAGUGGAAAGUACUGUAUAAUGCUAGAAAAAAAAAGGCAAAUGCUUAUGCUAGGGCAUGUAACUGCAUGCUGGAUGAAGUUAUCAUACACUUCAAGAGUGAUGUGGACAAACUGUUCUGUGCAAUUUUCAGUUCUGACUGCUUAAGUAGUUUGAAUAAAGUAAUAAUCUCAGAUAUGCCAAAUAAUCUAUUUCUCACCAAAAGGAAGCACACUUAAAAGAAGUGGAGAUUUUCUCUACCUCCCUGAGCAUGAGAUGCCCUUCCUGUAUGAUACAGUGUUUGAAAUAAAGAUGAUGAAAAGCCAGCCCCUGCAGCAUAAGUGGAGAUUCAUCUCCUCUGUACUCAUCAAUCCAGGAAUCCUUGACACCAAGGUAUUUCAGAGGAGAAGAUGCUUGCUGUUGAGGAACAUCAGGAAAUAUAAAAACAGUGUGUAUAUGGCAACAGAUUACUUCUUCAGGGAGGACUGGAUGGAGAGUCGCCCACAAAGGCCUUUGUGGGAAAGGCUGACUUCAAGCAGUUCUGACGGAUAAGUGAACAGACAGCAUGACUUGUGAAUGAACCGGAGGACUAUUAAACACAUGCUGCUGCUGGAGAGGGGUGUAGUAACAGGAAGGUUUUACUCUGUUUAUUAGAUUAGCUGAGUAAAACUUAUUUCCUUUAUUAUAUUGCAAAUAGAAUAGUUUUGGAUUCAUACAUUGCUAGAUUUAUUGUGUUUACAUUGUCAGUGGGGUUUUAUAUUCAUCAUUUAAACGAGAGGAAAAGAGAGGAGAGGAGAGGAGAGGA